UUCCCUCUUCUCUCUAGAGAUUCUUUUUCAGAAAUCUCUCUCUCUUCUUUCUCUUUCUCUUUCUCUCUCUCUCUCUCCCUCGAAAAUUCAUAAUAUCUUUCUUAAACCAAAUAGAAAUGGAAAACAAUUCAGCAGUGAUUGCAAAGAAAGUGUGGAACAUAAUACGUGUGGCAUUCUUCAUGCUCAGAAAAGGCAUAUCAAAGGGCAAGCUAAUGAUGCACCUUAACGUCAUGCUCAAACGCCGCAGCAAACUCGCCGGCAAAGCCAUCACCGACCUCAUCUUCCACCACCACAACCACCAUGUCGGAGUCUCCGGCAACGACCUCCAGUUCUCAGCCGCCAGGGAGUACGAGUUCAGCUGCAGCAACACCCCCAACAACUUCUUUGCCACCAAGCGCCACCGCCACAACCCUUUCUUCACGUGCGCUCACGCGCCUCCCACCUUCGAGGACGACGCCGUCACCGUUAAUGUCGUUCAGGGCGUGCUGGAGAUGCUGAACAAUGAGGCGGUGAUGGAGGCGCCUCCCGCCGACGCCGCAUUUCGUAGCCCUGCGGUGAGGCAGCUUAGGGUUACAGACUCUCCGUUCCCACUUCGUGAGUACGAGGAUGACAGGGACAACCAUGUUGACAAGGCGGCGGAAGAGUUCAUAAAGAGGUUUUACAAAGAGUUGAAGAAGCAAACUUGAGUUUCUUUCUGCACAAACAACGUUAAUUUUGAUACUUAUGAACUUAAUUAAUUAAGUUAAGCUAAUCAGCAGUUUUGAAAGUAUAUUUAAUAGAUGAUAAUGUGUGUGGAUUAGGAAAAGGAUGCAUUUUAGUUAUUUGCAUUCAAGAAUUUUGUAUGUUUAGUACUAUGAACAAUAAAAACCAAGUGAUUAAUUAAUGAGUCUAAUUAACUCGA